CUUUAAAUACAUUUUCCUGUGUUAAAAAUAAAAUAACCCAUUAAUUUGAAAAGAAAAAAAUGAAAUAUUGAAAAGAAAUUUACUAAGCUACCCUCAAUAAGUAUAUCAAUUUGGGUGGUCAAUAAUACACAAUAACUCAUCCAAAACUUCACAAACUUGAAAAAAAUAAUGUCCAAAGAUGAUUGAAUUACAUCCACUUCAUCUAAUCUUCAUACACUACUAAAAAAUCCUCAAACCUCAUGGCUCAAUUGGGAAACUUAUAUGGUAUCACAGAAAGUUUACCAGCAGCCAUUCCUAACGUUCCCUACAAUUUAAGGGCACCUACUAAAAAAUCAUGCAACAUAAUUUGUCAUGCCAAAAAAAUAGAGGAUUUUCAUCAAAAUACUUCAAGAAGGUCUGUUAUUAGCAUUGCUUCUAUUGCUCUUUUUACACAACUUGGUACUAAUAAUGCUUCUUUGGCUGAGGAAGAAAAUCGGUUGUGGCUCGAUUACCCUCUUCCCGGAUUACGUCCGGCCGAAAAUAAAAUCGCCAAUGAGGAAACAGGAACAAGGUCAUUUCUGAAGAAGGGACUCUACAUGGCUAACAUUGGAACAAAAGGAAGUGCAUAUAGGCUUGGGAAAUAUGCCUUUGAUCUCAUGGCUUUGGGAGAUUUAAUAGGCCAAGAUACUUUGAACUACGUCCGAAAGUACCUCCGUCUUAAGGGCACUUUCAUGUACUAUGAUUUCGACAAGGUCAUCUCUGCUGCACCUGUUGAUGAUAAACAGCCUCUCACAGAUCUUGCAAACCGACUCUUCAACAAUUUCGAAAAGAUUUAUGAUUCAUCAAUAUGUUGGCAGAUUCAAGAAGCUAUAAAACUGAAGGACCUUGCUCAAACACGAUCUACUUACGACGACACAACAGUCAUCCUGCAAGAGGUGAUGGAUAGAUUUGCAUAACUCAACUCUGCAGAUACUUUUCUUCCAUUCUUCUUUGUCCUGUAAUUGUACAAGUAAUUUCCGAGAAAUGAACAGAACAAAGACACGAUCAUACAAGUACUAAGCAAGAUAGAGAUCACUGAUA